AUGGUCAAAGCAGUUGCUGUCGUGCGUGGUGACUCCAACGUCAAGGGCACCGUCACUUUCGAGCAGGAGUCGGAGUCCUCGCCCACCAUCAUCAAAUGGAACAUCACGGGCCAUGAUGCCAACGCCCAGCGUGGCUUCCACAUCCACCAGUUCGGUGACAACACCAACGGCUGCACCUCUGCCGGUCCUCACUACAACCCCUUCAACAAGACCCACGGUGCUCCCACCGAUGAGGUCCGCCACGUUGGUGACUUGGGAAACAUCAGCACUGAUGCUCAGGGCAACGCUGUCGGAUCCACCGAAGACAAGCUUAUCAAGCUGAUCGGUGAACACAGUGUCGUUGGCCGUACCAUUGUCUGCCACGCAGGUACCGACGACCUUGGUAAGGGCGGAAACGAGGAAUCCCUGAAGACUGGCAACGCUGGUCCCCGUCCUGCAUGCGGUAUGCUUGAUUUUUUAUAA